ACGGACAGCAGCACCGCACUCCACCUCCCUCUUUAUACGACCUAACAACGCCGAUAACUUGCGUCUGUCGAUUUUUCCCGCAUUACCUGCGCCGACGAUCCAACAUAUUACAAGGACAACACGAUAUUCGGAAAUGGCGACCCUCAGGGCAAGCGGGCCCUCGGCAUCAUCUAUUUUUCGCUUCACGUCACAAUCGGUGGCGACGCGGCGAUGCGCUCACUGUGUACGCGCACAGAGAUGUCCGUUUUCGUCAGUUCCUAACCAGCGUCAAUCGGCAAAGCGACCGCUCAUGACCGAGUCGGCGCAUCGAACGCAAUCGAUUGUCUCCGAUGUGCCUCCACCUCGGAAUAUCGGAACUCCAGAAACAUCGAUUACAAGUUCAUUAGGCGCACAAAAAUGGCAACCAGCAGGACUUUGGCAGAAGUCAGAUAGAGGUGAAGGUAUCGCGAUACGAGAAGGGGAGGCGCAACAGAGUCGACCAGUUGUGGAGAGUCAGUCGAAAGCUUCAAACAAAAUCAAUGCCGAGGCAGAUCUUGCCAAACCUAAAAAGAGCAAACUGAGACCGAGAAAGGCACCAAUCAAAUUAACGCCGAAAGCUGUGGAACAGCUACAAGCCCUGUUCGAACAGCCCGAGAGCAAGCUGAUUCGAGUUGGCGUCAAAAACAGAGGAUGUAGUGGACUAGCAUAUCACUUGGAAUAUGUUGACAAAGCCGGAGCUUUCGACGAGACUGUGGAGCAAGAUGGAGUGAAGGUUCUCAUAGACAGCAAAGCCUUAUUCAGCAUUAUAGGGAGUGAGAUGGAUUGGUUGGAAGACAAGUUGAGCGCGCGGUUCAUUUUCAGGAAUCCCAACAUCACGGAACAAUGUGGUUGCGGUGAAUCCUUCAGCAUUUCAUAGAGCGAUUCGUUCCGGCGUUUGAGAGGAGCAUAAGCAUUUCCAGGCGUUUAAACCAUUUCGAACAAAUAGAUGGCAUCGGUGGCUAGACUUCUUCGCACUCAUAGUACGCCGGGUUCAAAAUCCAAAACCCGAACAUUUUCCAUCAGACCCUUAAGACUCGCGACAAACUCGAGAUGCGCGGGGUCAUUCUCUAGGUAAUAUUGCCUAUCCUCCUUGUUACGAAACUCACUCACAAACCCGUGCGUGAGUCCACCCUGAAGUCCCUCUGGACUGAUGUCCU